CUUUCAGCGGGCCCACCAAGCCCCGGAAUAGCUGGUCUCCACUCCACCAACAGUCCGUCCGCCGCCGUCGCUCCCCAUUCCCCCACCCUCACCUUCCCUCCCAGCACCUCAAGCGAUCCGCCUCCAGUCAGCGUCGCGCUCGCCGGGGAUGACCUCACGGCUCUCGCGGAUGGGGCCGCAGCCACGCGGCGUGGCGGAGAGCAGCUCCGACGACGACGAGAGCUCCGGGGAGCGCGAUGCCCCCGCCGAGUUCCCCGAAUCCACGCUCUCACGGUUGUCGCUGUUGGGGCUUCAGCCGCGCGACGUGGUGGAGAUCAGCUCCGACGACGGUGGCUCGCCAGCGCCGGCGCCACGGACGCGGAGGAAGAAGGGCAAGGACGACAGCGACGACGAUGACGACUGUGUGGUUCUGGACGGCGACCCCGACAAGCCGCUCGCUGUUGCGGGCGCCAAGGCGAGGGCUUCAGGGGGCGACGCGUCAGACGAAGUGGAGAUCGUUGCCGCGAAAGGGCAGAUAGCAUGCAAGGACUUCCCUCACUCGCGUCAUCUAUGUGUUGACUUGCCCUUCAGCACUACUUCUCACGUAAAGCGCUGUAGCAUGUGCUACUAUUUUGUAUGCGAUGUUCCAGCUCCAUGCAAGUAUUGGGGUCAAGGUCUUUUGAAUGAUGAUCAUUGUCAUGCUACUGACAAGGAAGCCAAGUGGAAAAAACUGAGGCAAGCAUUCAAGUGCAAAACUAUGCCAGCAUCUUAUUCCGAGAAACACCUGGAUGACAUCGCCCGAGGCAACCGACGCAUGGCAGCCGCCCAUCACCCGAGGACCUCCGAGGCUCCCCUGCCCGAUUUGCCACCGCUGGAUGUGGUGUACCCAACAAAUCCAUCAGCCAGGCAGGUUCGCGUGGAGAACCUACCGUAUCACAUGGACCGGGAGGACCUUCCCGGGCUCUUCUAUCAUGCUGGCAGUGUUGUGCUAUCAGAGGUAUUUUACAACAGGGGAACAGGCCAGAGCCUUGGAUGUGGGCUUGUCACCAUGAAUACUGUUGAAGAGGCCGAGAAGGCUGUGGAGUUGUACCAUCAUAGCGAGUUGUGCGGCAGACUCGUUACUGUGAGCAAGGCAGCUGCAACUGGAGGUCGGGCAGAAGAAACACCGUCUCCCCGUCGAUCCGUGUCCUCUAUGUUCAUGCUCUUCGUGAACAAUCUGUCGCCGGAAGUGAACGGAUAUGAGCUGAAGCGGCUGUUCAGCGAGUUCGGCGAAGUGGUCCAUGCUAAAGUCAUCUACCAUCACACAGGAGCUCGGUGGGAGUCCAAGGAAUUCGGCGUCGUCACAAUGGCGACGCGCGAGGGGUUGAAGGUCGCCAUUCGGGGCCUCAACAAAGUGGUCUGGAGGGGCCGUGAACUGCGUGUGGGAUGAACUGCGAGUGGCGUUUCUUUACUGAGAUGAUGACAUAUGAAAGGGAUCAUCUUUGUGUCUGUACCUAUCUGUAGCAGGCUACCAGGAUAUGGAUACUAAUACUUUUAUUCAUAUGAAAACAUGAUCUAGAAGCU